ACUGUUUACACAGCAGAGGACUAAAAACAGGCAGGAAGAAAGAAGAGAUUUUGUCAGAUAUAAAAGGUGAAGACUUCUGAGUCUCUAGCAGAUCUGCGAAGGAAAGCUCUUGUUUACCAGCCGCACCAGUUUGCAUUUCAUCAGAAAAAUGAGAAGCCUGGUUGUUGCCCUCGUUCUGGUACUCCUGGUAGCCAGUGGGACGGCUCUGGAUUGCUAUCAUUGCCAGCCCAGGAAGGCAGGUGGGGCGUGUGAGAUCACAACGCUGACCUGUCCUGCUGAAAAAGACGCCUGUGUUGCAGCCAAGUUCACCAAAGCCCCAUAUGGACACUACCAGAGGUGCACGGCCAUGGCUGACUGCGAACUUCUGAAGCGGAACGCCUACAUAAAGGUCAAAUGCUGCCAGAAUGACCUCUGUAACACCUUGUGAUCCAACUGGACCUUUGACUUUUCACACUGUCAAUAUCCUUUCAUGUUGAGAAUGCUUUACAAGUUUGUGGAUA